AUGGCUCCCACCAACAAAACCUGGCAUAUCCAACGACGAGCCAAAACCCAAGCAGCAAGCCAACAAUACACAUGCCCAGCAGAAACAACACCCCACCUAGCAACGCUGCUUAGCUUCCCAUCGCGCCGCUCCCUCCUCCCAGAACUCCACACAAAAACAAGCAACGAAAUCAUAAACCUAGCAAAAACAAUCGCAACCUUCGAGCCAGUGCGCCUGCACGUCCGCCCAGAAGACCAAGCACAUGCGCAGUCUCUCCUCUCCUCGAUCCAGCCCUCAGAAUCCACCCUCCCACACCCAAUAACUCUAAUCCAAGCACCAACAAACCACGUCUGGAUCCGCGACACAGGCCCCGUUUACGUGCGAGGCGUCCACGACAACGCGCGCUACGCAGUCGACUUCCAAUUCUGCGAAUGGGGCCACAAAACCGGUGAACGGAUCUACGGCAGCAGCGCCUCACCCGCCGCAGCACUGGCGCUGGAACAGACACCCGCGUACGCAGACUGGCCUGUCAUGGACGACGCAGCCAUAGCCGAGAACACGGAUUUCGCUCGGGCAGUGCUGGACCUAGAGAAUGAGGCGGUAGCUGCACGGUCUGCGCACGCGAGUCCGGAGCCAGUGACCCGUGUUUCAACGCAUAUCCGGCUUGAAGGUGGUGGCAUUGAGAUUGAUGGUGAGGGGACAUUCAUGGCGACUGAGAGUAGUAUUCUUGGUGCGCCGCGGAAUCCGGGAUUGGAGCGGGAAGAGAUCGAAGCGGAGUUGGGUCGGCUGCUGGGUGUUACCAAGUUUAUUUGGUUCCCCGGGCGUGUUGGGCUGGAUGUUACUGAUGUGCAUAUUGAUGCCGAGGCGAGGUUCGUGCGGCCUGGUGUUGUUGUUGUCUGUCGACCACAUGAGAGUGCGGAGAGGGUUCACUGGGAUGUUUAUGAAGAGAUUCGGGGGGUGUUGAAGGAUUCUGUUGAUGCGCGUGGACGGAAGAUUGAGGUUCAUGAUGUGGUUGAGCCUGAUCCUAAGUUUGUGAAGGGCGAUUUGCCUGGGGAGGAGGCUGCACCGGCGGCUUCGUAUGUUAACUUUUAUUUUGCAAAUGGGGGUUUGGUCAUGCCUGCGUUUGGGGAUCCGGUUGCCGACCAGAAUGCGUUCGAGUUGAUGAAGAGUCUUGUUCCUGAAAGGGUUGUUAAGCAGGUUGCUGUUAAUGCUUUGCCUAGGACUGGGGGUGUCUUGCAUUGUGUUACGCAGCAGGUUCUGUGA